UAAUAUUUCCCAAUCAUUCUUAUCUAAAGUAAUUUUUUUGUUUGCCACCCUUCUUCAUCUUUACUUGUGAUCAAUCGAAAUUGCAAUUUAUUGUAUUUUUUAUUUCUCCAGUUUCAUGAAUUAUAAUUUUUUAUUAAUAAAACGAAAAUGUUGAGGCUUUUAUAUACAAUCUUCUUAAUUUUUCUGUUUCAAAAUUUUGCAUCUGCCGUGUUCUCAACAACUGGCUGCGGAACGACGAAAGGAUGUCAGCUAUUUCCAGAAGGAUGUGACCCUGCGUCAACUUCAUGUAUAUUCUUCUCUUGGACUUGGAACUCGGCCAGCAGGACCUUCGAUAUGGAAAUAAGUGGCGACACUGGUGGUGGAUCGCGAUAUGCGGCUGUUGCAUUCGGGCAGGUUGAUGACAUGCAAGAUGCAGAUUUAUAUUUUUGUACUGGAUCAUCUGUUCAAUCUGGCGUGAUUGCUACAAGGAGGGUUCAACCGACUUUACUUGAUAUUGCCGCUGAACCAGGAGUUAAUGGCACUUCAGCAGCAACUAAUAGUGGUCUUGCAGAAUGUACAUUUGCCCGUGCUGCAUCAAUCACAAAAACAAUUACUACAGGCCCAAAAGAUUUUGACUUGAGUACCGGAACUUAUUACAUCUUGUUGGCAAGAGGACCGAUGGUUGGAACUACUGGAAACGUUGGAUUCCAUGAUGCAUUUGCAAUCACAGCCAAUCAAGUUAAUAUGAUUACUGCAAGUGGCUCUGCAACUGGUGGGGCUGAUAUUUUGGAGAAAGUUCAUGGAUCUCUCAUGAUUGUAGCAUGGAUGGUUUUAGCAAAUGUUGGAGCUAUGAUUGCAAGACAUUUUAAACCAUUGUGGGUGAAUACAAACCCGGGUGGUGAAAAACUUUGGUUUCAGCUCCACAGGUUGAUUAUGAUAACAGUGUUCCUAUGCACAACAACUGCUUUUAUCAUUAUUUUUGUUCAUGUUGGAGGUUAUGCAUCGACCAUCCCAGCACAUGCUAUCAUUGGUAUCAUCGUUAUGGCUUUAACCUUGAUAAACCCAAUCUUAGCGAUCUUCCGUCCACACCCGAAUACUUCGAACCGAUAUCUCUUCAACAUAUUUCAUUACCUCAUUGGACUCUGUGCAAGGUGUCUGGCUAUAGCUAAUUUAUUUCAAGGUGCAAUUGCAAUGGAUGAAUUGUCAUCAUGGAAGUUAAGUGUGCUUGGUGGAUUCGUUGGUUUUGAAGUUUUGAUGGAACUUUGCUUGGAAGCAUUAACAUGGCAUUAUGGACAUUAUUCCAAUUCGGGAAAAUCAAAAGAAAAGGAAGAUCCACCACCUGGGGAAAUGCAGAUGGAAGAACCAGAUGUAGGUGUCAGGGGCCAAACUGUGAAGACCAGUCUUCUCGUCUUCUUCAUACUUGGACUCUGUGGAUUUGCCAUCGCAUUUUUUGUUGACAUAGCCAAUGCGUAGGCUCAAAAUGUUGUAAUGAAUAGUGAUGUAAAAAUACGGAUUUUUGUUGAUCUUUCAUCAAAAGCAAUUUUUUUAGAUAAACAAUAAGUUUAGGUAGCAAGUUGCAACUUUCAUUAUCAAAAUUAUAGAAAGUGUUUUGAGUAUUGAAAUCUAGUGUUCAAAAACUGCAUCUUCCUGAUUAGCUAAUUUUGUGGUUAAUUGGAAAUAUUAUUAUGCCAUAUUUCAUGCAUAUAUUAGCAUGAUUAUGAAGCCACUUGGCACUCAGGUUUUUAUUAAUGUUUAAUCAAUUUUAACACUUUAUGCUUAAAAAUACUUUUUUUUCACUAAUAACUAACUGUAGUUAGAGUUGUACUUAGAUAUCACUCCAUUAGUAUUAUACUAAAUCUAUUAAUAGAGUAAUUGAAUGUAUGCUUUUUUUUUGAUCGAAUGAUAAUUAUAAUAUUUUUAUCAAAAUAUUUGAUGAUCUAUAAUAAUAUAAAGGAUAUCUCUUUGGUGAAGCUGAUUUUAUAUUUUGUUAUACAGUUUAAGUGUUGCUAAUAUGUAUUUAUAGUACUCCCGAAGUAUGUGAACCGAGAUGACGGACACCGUAACGUAGUAUUUGUAACAGGUUAGGGUUAGGCCAUAAUUUCAGGUACAAAUACUACGGAAGUCACUUGGCUAGUCCUCGAACUCGUAAUAGAACUAAAAUAAGGAAAAUUAGAAUAAAAUUAGGGCCUUACCUGGUACACAUACUACGUUCCGGUGUCGGCCAUCUUGGUUCACAUACUUCGGGAAUACCGUAUUUUUUUGAUGAAGUGCCUGGCAAUUUGCGCCUAAUGAAAAAUAUUGAUGUUCUUUAUAUUGCUAGCAGUUGAAUGAUUUGAUUGGAUGUUUGAUUUAAUUUUAUAAUUUUUUGAAAUCAGGAAUGUGAAACUCUGGCGCCUGUCAGUACAUAUUUAAAAAUACAGAAACAAAUAAUGAUCAUAUAAAAAGACGUUUAAAGCUUUAUAUAUUCAUACACUAUUCAUUAAUAUUCAAAGAAGUAUUACAAGAAUGCCAAUAUUGUGGAGGUUUUAUUUUCAUAUUGCUAAAACCAGAAACACUCUGAAGAAGGGAACUUAUUCUACUCAUUUUGACAUAUGUGUAUAUAGUUGGUAUUAUCAUAUACAAGCUGACCUUAUGCGUAAAAUAUCUUCAUGAUUUUUAGCACUGCAUCAGCAGUGUCAUAUAUAUGCAGGAGUAUAACAAGUGUGUGCAUACUCUUCAUGGGGAGCAGAGUUCAUGCGUUAACGUUUUGAAAUCUUAUCGGAAGUUUGAUGUUAGAAAUCCUCGGCAUCCUAUUAUAUUUAGGUGGCAAUUAUACAUACCAUCGUCAAAACAAAUAUUUUGUGGCCACAGAUCCCAAUACAGCAUAAAUACUAGAAUGACAUGGGGCAAAAUAAUGGUGGUCCACAUUUGGACAAUGGGCUUGACACCAUUUCUCUACAGUGCUCGUUUCCCAAUGUACUUUAAAAAUUUGAUUUUGACGCAAAGUUCCUAUAUUCGCCUUUGAACAUGGUUUAUAUUAUGAUUGUAUCUAAUUUGCUUAUGUUCUGUGACCUAAUUUACCUAGUUUCUUCAUGGUUACUUAAAAAUUAUCAUUGCAUAGUUGUCUUUGACAAUUUCAAAUCUUAAAUUUGUUUUACUCUACUCAUGAACACACUGUCAAUGUUGGCAAUUUUUUGGAUUCACAGUUGAAUUGUUCUUUCAUGAAUAGUUUAAAUCGGCAUACCUGUGUUAGUAGUAUUGCAAAAUUGGGUAGGUUUGUAAUUGUAGUCUCUCUCGACGGAAAAACUGGGAUUGCCGUGGUUUGACCUGGCUAUUUAUUUCAUUGUAAAGUUCAAAUGUGUUUAAAAUAACCGAUCUGUCUAAUAUUCUGACAAAUCAGUCUAAUCCUGAAUGUGGUUUGCUAUCUUGGUUGUAGGGGAAACAUUGCAAUUCAUAUUUUAAAAUCUGUUUUUUAUAUUUAAUUAUAUUGAUAAACUUCAGAGAUUUCUUUUAUAUUCAAUGAUAUUGGUUCAUGCAUGCCCUUUAGAAAUUAACUUCAUCGUGAAUAAACUAAUCAACAACA